CAUGUUCCGGUAAACACGAAAAACACGAGAAACACGAGCGACGCGAGCGACGACUCCAACGGCUCCAACGGCUCCUCACCUGCGGCUCCUCACUGCGGCUCCUCACUCCGGCUCUACCCGCUCCUCCCCGGGGACAGAACCCGCUCCGGACCCGGGACUGAGUGUGUCUCGGGGUGACUCGGCGUGUCUUGGUGUGACUCGGCGUGACUCGGUGUGUCUCGGUGUGACUCGGUGUGAUGUUGUGUGUGGAGCUGUGUCUCCUCCGGGGGUUUCUGACCCGAAGUGAAGCGGAAAACUUCAAACAAAACGUCUUCAACCUCAAAGAUGUGGGUCCUCUGCUGGAGCUGUUUUUUGAGGGAGACUUUCGGGCCGUCCUCCAGACUCCACUGGUCCAGGAUCUGCUGCGUGGAGACGGUGAACAUGUUGAGGAGGACCUGGACCUCGAGGUUCACCUGGAGAAAAGGCUGAAGACUUACCUGGACGCCGCCGCCGAGCAAGACAACAGACAGCUGCUUCUCCUCGUCGUCGCCGUUUCUUCUCUGCAGAUGUUUGCUCAGAGUAACUGGACUGGACCUCCUCCUCUGGACCUUCUGGACUCUGACAUCCUUCCUCCUGCUCUGCUCCAGAACCAGAACCAGGACCAGGUGCGGGCGUCGCUCCUGUCGGCCCUGCUCGUGGACGGGGAGUGUGUUUAUCCUCUGGUGGUUCUUCCCGUCCUCCUGCUCCUGUCCAGGGUGCUUCUCACCGCGGUGCUCUGCUCCGGGACUCUGAAGCUCGUCUCCUGGUGGACUCUUCGUUACGUUUCGCUCCAUCAGCAGAUCCUCGAGGCCUGUUCUCCUCAGCUCCUGACGCUGGCCCAAAACUGCAUCAAAUCAGUGGAGCAGAGCUGGGGUUUUCUGGAGGAUCAUGUGAGUUUGCAGGUUCAGUUUCAUCUGGAGUGUGUUUAUACAAACCUCAGUUACUACGAGUAUCAAGACGCCAAAGAACACGUGAGGAAAGCACAAGACCUCACCGGACUCACCGUCAACCUCACAGGGGCUCUGGGCAAACGGACUCGUUUCCAGGAGAAGAGUGUGGCUCAGCUCGUCCUGGAGGUGAAAAGGACCAAGGAGACGUCUGAUUGGACAAACGGCGAGACAAGCCCCGCCCCCACACCUGUCAGUCUGCUGCCAAAGGACUGGGCUCUGAACGACGACACUCGUCUGGAGAAAAUAAACCUGGAGGAUCCGGAUCAGUUCCAGCUCCCGGAUCUGAGCCCCGAGGAGCAGGCGCUGAUCCUGGCUCUGUGCACAGACUUGGAGAAGAACAACCCUCUGCACAAACUGACGGAGGAGGAGCUGCUCACCUUCACCUCGGCUCUUCUGUGUCGACCUCAGGUCUUUUCUCUGGAGGUUUCUGCUCUGAGUCUGAGGACCAGACUGGAGCGAGGACAGAGGAGGUGUGUGGAGAGAGCCAUGACCCAGACUCAGGCUUUGGUGGAUUAUUUCGAGGAGACGACGUGUCCAGCGUCCGAGCGCCUCAAGAUGUUCUACGUCUGUCGCCCGCCGACCCGCUGGAGCGUCCAGAAAACUCUGUGUUCUCUCCUGAUGGACCUGGGCUGCACCAGCGCUGCUCUGCUCACCUUCCAGAAGCUGCAGAUGUGGGAGGACGUGGUCAUCUGCCACGAGAGGCUCGGACAGCACGGAAAGGCGGAGGAGAUCGUGCGGCGGGAGCUGGAGAAGCAGGAGACCCCGAGCCUGUGGUGUCUUCUGGGGGACGUCCUGAGGGACCAUCAGUUCUACGACCGAGCCUGGGAACUGUCCAAGCACCGCAGCUCCAGGGCCAUGAGGUCCAAGGGCCUCCUGCACCUGUCCAACCGGGAGACGGAGCAGUGCGUCCGCUGCUUCGAGGAGUCGCUCAAGAUCAACAGGAUGCAGCUGGGCCUGUGGUUCUCUCUGGGUUGUGGAUAUCUUUCUCUGGAGAAAUACGAGGAGGCGGCGUUGGCGUUUCAGUCGUGCGUUUGCAUCGAGCCCGACAACGCAGAGGCCUGGAACAACCUGAGCACCGCCUACAUCCGCCUCAAGAAAGAGUUCAAGGCCUUCCUGACCCUGCAGGAGGCGCUCAAGUGUAACUUUGAGUCGUGGCAGAUCUGGGAGAACUUCCUGUUGGUGAGCACCAACAUCGGGGCGUUUAACGACGCCGUGAGAGCCUACCACCGCCUCAUGGACCUGAAGGACGGGUUCAAGGACACCGAGGUCCUGCAGUACCUGGUGCGUGCGGUGGUGGAGGACCUGCCGGACCGACAGGGGGCGCCGUCGUCGGCUCUGAAGCCCAAACUGAAGGAGCUGUUGGGGAGAGUGAGCGCGCGACACGCCAACGACCGCGACGUGUGGACGCAGUACGCUCGGCUGUACGGAGGGGGCGCCAGCGAGGACCAGGACGACAACGAGAAGGCUCUUCAGUUUCUGUCCAGAGCUCAUCGGUGUGAGGUCCAGGGCUCCGACUGGCACCAGGACCCGGUGCUGUUCAGGGGCGUCCUGCAGAGGGCGCUGGCCAUGGGCCGAGUGAGCGUGUCGGUGAGUCGGUGUAAGUCGAGUCGGGCUGAAGCUCUUCAGGUUCUGUCUUCGUGUCGUCUCAGUCUGAACAGUCUGGUCUCCAAAGCAAAGCAAAACCACACGGACGCGGCGUCAGGAGAAAUCUGCCCCGAGCUCAAAGACGACGUCCACCAAGUCCAAGAUCUCAUCAAAGAAAUCCAGGAAGUGAGCGCCGCCCUCAGGAGCCAAUCACAGUGAAGCCACAACAGUUUCUCAUCCACUGGUUCGAUGUCGAUGCUUCACAGUGACGUCACGCUGGGGGGUUCUACAUGUGCGUCUAUGAUGAAAACACAAACCAAACCGUUCUGCCAUUUAAAAUCAGAACAUCUGCAUCGGCAAAACAAAUAUCGGAUAUCGGUAUCGGCUCAAAAAGUCCCAUUCACAUCAGCCCGGGGAAAUCGAACGUCCCUGCACCUCGGUCCCUCCCUCUCCUCCCAUUGGUCAAACUCUGUCCCGCUUUGAGUGACAGGUGCGUUUAACCAAUCACAGAGAAGAAUGAGCUCAAACAGCAGAAGGCUUCAGGUCGUCUUCUAGUUCUUCUAGUUCUUCUAGUUCUUCUUUCUUCUCUUUCUCUCACCCUCUCCUCUUCCUCUUCUUCCUCUUCUUCUUUUUAAAUCCUGAAGAACGGAUCAAGAAACAAGAACGUGGAAGUUAAACGAUCUGUGACUGAAGCAGCCGACGCUUCUGUGGGCUUUUAUUUUGAAGGAGGUGGACUUGACUUCCUGUUUACGCCUCAUGUUUGUCGAAUCUAAAUAAUAAUGUUUUUUUUUUGUAUUAUUAUUUCUCUGUAAUGACCUGGACUCAGAGUAAAUCCUUUUAAAUCCUGA